AUGACUGCGGUAUUGGGUGCCAUGCAUCACUGUCUGUUUAUCACCUUAGCGGCCACAGCCGCGCCAAACAUGCUGAAGAUACCGCAGGAGCGACCCGUUUUUCUGCGGGAAUACAAUGCUAGAACGUAAGAAGGUUCUUUAAAUUGGUGUCCUGUAUUUUCAUCCUCAACAUGUUGACAUUUCUGAGAAUUACAACCCAAUGGUGACGAGUCGGGACAGGCCUUCGAUGGUGCUAUCGACGUGAUGUAUAGAGGAAACGAAAAACACGAAGAGAAUCAAUAAGUUUCAUCAAGUCUUACUAACUUACACCGAAUCAUUUCAACUUUGCACAACCACAAGGUACUCAGUCCGCGCGUACCUGACAGCGAAAUUCUUGGCUGAUCUUCCCCUUCUGUUCAUCUCGGCUACGUCCUUGCUUCUGGUUUGUUAUCUCUUAUACGGAAUGCAGAGUAAUUUUGUGCACCAUUGGAUCCUCAACUUUUCCAUCGCCUUAGCCGGUUCUUCUCUGGGUACUUUGCUUGCCUGCUUAAGUGCAGGCACUCCGGGAGCGGGAUUGGGUACUAGUACUUAACUAUUUAUUUUAGUAGUAAAGUCUUCAAGAUUGAUAAUUGUCAUUCGGACAUUAGAAGAUUUAACUGGUCGAAAAAUUAUUUCACAGACUGGAACGAAUAUUAUUCAAUAAGUACAACGAAUAAGACAUCAGUUCCAGAAACCUCUGAAAACCCCUUACUCCGCAAUAGAGCUACAGUUUUCAUCGCUAACUCCUUACCGACCCACGGACUACAGGUGUAAUUCUUGCUCCGUUAAUUCUGGACUCUUUCCCUGAGUGUUUUUCUUCGGUGAUGCAACCUCUUGGAGAAAUCCCUCUAGCCUUCCGAUGGUUAUCCCUCUUUGCUCCUCAUGCGUAUGCGGUUUCCAUAGCUGGCGACCUCGAAUUCGACUACAUCCGCACAUCUUCCUUUCCUUAAGGUUUUGCUUAGCGUUUGUGGAUUAAUAGAUCUCACGCUUAUUAAUAUUUUGAACCCGUUAUGUUAAUGCAUCUUAACAGCAGGCAUUGGCAUAUCUGAUUCCCCUGGGGGUGCUCUCAAUUGAAAAACGCUACUAGAAUGACGGACUUGGAGAUGAUCAUGGAAUUAGAGCUGAAUUUAGGUAUUAAACUCUAAUUUCUGCAGGGAGACAGCAGCCCUUUUGCGGCACGACGAGAAGCGUACAUUCAGGAAACAGCGCACAGGGAUCCCUUCACCACGCUGUAUUGUUAUGAAAUAUAGUGCAAACAAGUCGAAAAUUCGUCGACAAGGUCAAGGAUGCUGUGCUUCUAUAAGUCGAACUUCCCAAGGCAUAUUAAGUUUCUCAAUAGAUACAAAAUGUACAAGAUCAUGAACUAGUACGUUGUUUGAAGAGAACACAGGCGAGAUGAGUGUCUACCCACUACCUCUAACCCUCGAAAAACCCUCUGACGACGAAGAUGCAGAUGAAGGACGACGAAGUUGAGACUGAUGGCUUCAAUGGCUACAUCCCACGGUUCUGGUUCACAGUGGUGCUUCUGGUAGUAAUUUCCGCACUUUUGCGUGUAAUCGCAUGUUGGAACCUGGCUAGGAUCAGUAGGAGUUUGUUUUGA